GGCAGGGGAGUCCCAUAGAGGGGAGGAGAGUAGGGCAGUGGGGUCCCGUACAGGGGAGGAGAGUAUGGCAGUGGGGUCCCGUAGAGGGGAUGAGCGUAGGGCAGGGGGCAGGAGCAUAGUGUAGGGAGGGUGUCCCCCAGCCCACGCAGGGAGUCCCGCAGGGCACGCUGCAUGUCUCGCUCACCACCUGGGGCAUGCAGCGUGUCACGCACCCCACCCAGGGCUCGGAGAGGCUCCCCCAGCAGCGAGGAGGAGAUGGAGGCACCACCAACUGCCUCAGAGAGGAGACAGGAGGAGGAGGAGGGUGAUGAUGAUGGAGGAGAGGAGGGUCCCAGCAACAAAAUGGCCCAAAGAUUUACCAGUGAUGAGAAUGGAGCACUGGUGGACGAGGCAGUGCUGUUUGGGAGUUGGUCCCAUCGCAUCAGUGCUGCCAGAUGUCAACAACACUGGCAGCAGGUAACGGACAAAGUGAACACUGUGGGCGCUUUACACAGGGAUCGCCUCACUGUGUACAAGCGCUUCAGUGACCUGAAGCAUUGGCUAAGGGCAAAGCUGGUUACCAGGAGAGCUAAAGCCCAGAAGACCGGCGGAGGGUGUGUCCCUCCACUCAGACUGAAGCCCUAUGAGCGCUGGCUUCUGGAUAUUUUGGGCAAAGAGGGCUGUGAAGAAGUGGACACAGACUGGAGAAUACCGCAAACAUCGCGGCCUGACUUGGACAGUGACCAGGACCAGGAUGACGCCCAGCAACCCCAGGAAGAGGGUGAGGCUGAAGAUCCUGAUAGAGCCCCAGAAGCUCAAGAACACAGAGCUGAACGCCGUGCCCAAUCACCAGCCGUGAUUCCUGUGCUGCCCCCCAGACGUCGUGCUGCUGCCACUGCUGCCACUGCUGCUGCUGCAGCAAUUGGGGGACCACCACAGGAGGAAGGACGGCGACUGGGUGAUCAACCUGCGGCACAACCGGGGCUCAUUGACGCGAUGGUGGCUGCCAUGCAGCCUAUGCUCCAUUAGCAGAGCCGCCAGGAACUCUGGAUGAGGCAGUGGAUGGCCCAAAUCCAUACUGAUAUUCGGGAGACCCGGAUGACCAUCCAUCGUGGAUUCCAGGACCUGGUGGCAGCCAUGGCAGCCCAGCCUCACCCAGGGGGCUCUGCUGAGGGUGAAGUCCCUGGUCCACCUGCUGCUCCCCCUCCACACCCUGAAGCUCCUCAACAUCGGAGGGAAAGGGGGCAUGGAAGGGGACACGGUUCUGUCCGAGGGGACAAACGUCCCUAGCUCCAGUCUGUGUCAUUUUCCAACUGACACUGGCCUCUUUGCCUAUUUUCUCCUGGUAACAAACUUUGCCCUAUUGACGCUUCAGGUAUCACUUUGUCCG